AUGCAGGCAAAAAUAUUCCAUAUUGUUCCUACAAUGUUCCAUUCGCCUUCAAAACUCGCUUCUUACCUACAUCAACCAUCAUUACCAAGAAAACUACCACGAGCCAUAUCUAUUUCCAGCCCUGUUAAUGAUAAUCAUCAUGUUCCUGGUCCUUUAACAAUACCAGACAAAGAUGAAUCCAUGGCUGCUUUUUGGGACUAUCAAUUUCUAUUCAUAUCGCAACGGUCGGAAACGUCCGAGCCGAUCACACUCCGUGUCGUUGAAGGUACGAUCCCCCCUGAUUUCCCUUCCGGUACGUAUUACUUAACCGGUCCGGGGUUAUUCGUCGAUGAUCACGGCUCGACCGUGCACCCUCUAGAUGGUCACGGUUACCUUCGAGCGUUUAGCAUCGAUGGUGUUCCCAAAGAAGUUAAAUUCACGGCUAAGUACAUAAAGACCGAAGCUCAAGUGGAAGAACACAAUCCGGUGACCGGCUCGUGGCGGUUUACGCACCGCGGUCCAUUUUCGGUCUUAAAAGGGGGUAAAAAACUUGGUAACGUUAAGGUGAUGAAAAAUGUAGCUAAUACUAGUGUGUUGAAGUGGGGUGGAAAGCUUUUGUGUUUAUGGGAAGGUGGUGAUCCUUACCAGAUCGAAUCGGAGACGUUGGAUACCGUUGGCAGUUUUAAUGUGAUAAAUGAAUCCCUACCAUCCGCCGAGAAACGGGGGCCCGGUGAUUUAUUCGACGUAGCCGCCCGGUUGUUGAAGCCGGUGUUACAUGGUGUAUUCAAGAUGCCCCCAAAAAGAUUAUUGUCUCAUUAUAAGCUUGAUGCUCAAAGGAACAGACUACUUGCAGUAACAUGUAAUGCAGAGGACAUGUUACUGCCUCGAAGCAACUUUACAUUUUAUGAGUUGGAUUCGAAUUUCAAUUUGUUGCAGAAACAAGAAUUUAACAUCCCUGAUCAUUUGAUGAUCCAUGAUUGGGCUUUUACCGAUACUUAUUACAUACUGUUCGGAAACCGGAUCAAGCUCGACAUUAUCGGAUCAAUGACAGCAGUAUGCGGGUUAUCGCCGAUGAUUUCGGCAUUGUCGGUGAAUCCGAGUAAGUCCACCUCUCCCAUUUACUUGCUUCCUCGGUUUCCAUCUGAAAAAUCAGCCGGACAACGAGAUUGGAGGGUACCGGUGGAAGCACCGUCUCGGAAAUGGCUGUUGCAUGUUGGCAAUGCCUUUGAAAUCAAGGAUAUUGAUGGUAAUUCAAUGAUUCAAAUCCAAGCUUGUGCUUGUUCUUAUCAAUGGUUCAACUUCCAGAAACUAUUUGGAUAUAAUUGGCAAAGCGGACAACUAGAUCCAUCGAUUAUGAACGUAAAACAACACGAAAACGAGUCCUUAGUACCACACUUAGUUCAGGUAACAAUAAAAUUGGACACUAAUGGCAGCUGUCAUGAAUGUUCAAUGGAGAACAUGAAUGAAUGGAACAAGCCAUCGGAUUUUCCGAUCAUCAACCCGGAGUUUUCGGGCAAAAAGAAUACAUGCAUUUAUGCAGCAACAUCUUCAGGGACAAGACAAGCAUUGCCUCAUUUUCCAUUUGAUAUGGUAAUGAAGCUAAAUUUAUCAUCAAAAACCGUAAGUACAUGGUCUGCAGGGGCUCGUAGGUUCAUUGGUGAACCUAUUUUUGUCCCUAAAGGAACUGAAGAAGAAGAUGGGUAUAUUCUUGUCGUCGAGUAUGCAGUUUCAAUACAGCGAUGUUAUUUGGUGAUUUUGGACCCAAAGAGAAUUGGAGAAAGUGAUAGGGUUGUAGCAAGAUUUGAAGUCCCUAAGCACUUGAACUUCCCUCUUGGAUUUCAUGGUUUUUGGGCCAAGAAUGAUUGAUUUUUUUGCCCUCUAAAUUAUAAAUACAGAAGGAAAUUUAUUUAUGUAAUAAAUUUAUUAAAAUAAAUAUGAUUUUGAUUGAAAUGAUAAAAGUUAUUAUUAUCUUGAA